CUAAUUCCCUUCGUCCACUCCUCGGGAGAUACGACACUCGGAGAGAAGACUAACCCUUUACUGGGAAGGUUUACUACCCGAAAAACUACAGCUGUCAAAUGGCGCUGGUUCCGGGGAGUGGCACGACAUUAGUUUAAUUUCUUUUGAUUAGCUUGGGUGAAGAUUGGUUAGAACGAUCUUCUCACUUCUUUUUCACCAACUACCCGUAAUAAUUAUUAUGGAUAACUCCAGUGGUUAUUACGGUCCGCCUUCUUUCUACCAAUCACCCAACCGCCCUCCGUACCAAACCCACGAAACCUAUCACCCACAUCAGAACCCAUAUGAUGAUGACUACCAAGUCGACCAUGGGUCUGACUACUAUCCUUACCAUGAGGAACCACCAUGUGAUACCCCGUCUAGAAACUUUGGAUAUUCUCCAUACCAAGAUUCUGAUGGGGAUAAUUAUUAUGAGCCUCAUGGAGAUAACGAUGACUAUGACCAAUAUGGUCCUAUGUGCGACGAUCAAUCUGAUCCACUCGUCGAAGAGAUCAUAAGAUUAGAACAGAAAAUCUUCUAUUUCGAUGAGGUUUUAUUCGCUGAAGGCUCCUGGUGCGAACCACCUUACUCCCAUGACUACACUUUGUUUGCGGAAGAACAAAUUGAGGCAAACAAGGUGGCAAUUCGAGAAAGAGCAAAACUUCUUGAAUCGGUCCGGAAAGAAAAGGAGUUCGAGAGGAGAUUACGCGAAGAAUCAGAAAGGAUGCAGAAAAUGCUGGAUGACUUCCAAAGAGAGAGACUAGAAGCUGAGGCUAAAGCUGAUAAAUUAGUCAAUGAUCUAUGUAAGGCUAUUGAGCUUAAACGCUCCCUCCAACCUCAAGAUCCACAAUUGGAGAAAGUUAAUGCUCAAAAAGAGGCUCUAGAACCUAAGACCAACCCUGAACCAUCCAACCAUCAGGUGCCAGUUCCAGAAGAUUCACCAAGUUCUACACCAUCACAGAAACCCGAGAGCAUAACAACUCUUGCUGGGGCUACUGUGGUGAUGUUACCCGAAUACCUUUCUAGCCAAGUCCCAACCAGCAUAGUCGUACAAAAGGUGGAACCAACUGAGGGACCUGACUCAGAACCACCUAUGCUUAUUCAAGAACAGAAGGAGGAAGUUUUGCCUAUGGCAAUAAACGACCAUCUCCUUAAUUGUGUUGAAGACACACCUCCAGAGGAACCUGUUCUGGAGGAGAUAGAGCCCACUACCUACCCCCAAGAUUCCAACAUUCAAGAGUCUGAGGAGGAAUCUAUAGACGAAGAAAUACCUAGCACAGAGGAACAAAUAACGUCUAUAGAUAAUCAAGCUUCAUCAGAAGACUUGGACCAAACUUUCUUUGACUCCCUACUUGACGGGUGUGACUUUGUCUGCCCGAAGGAUAGUUGGAGCCAAAAGAGUUGGGACGAACUUCUGGUAAGUGACACUGAAGACUCUUCCUUGGGGGAGGGUACGAUCAUAAUCAUCAAACCUCGAAUGGAUAGUCAGCCUAUUGAAGAUAAGGAAGAAAUCAAUUUCACAAUCAAGGCUAACGAUGUGGAUCUACUGAGGAGACUUCCGCCACCACCCACCUAUACCAAGUCUCCUCCAUAUAUCCUGUUGCCACCAUGCCGCGCAGGGAGGAGUCAAGGAUCCUGGACCGUGACCGAGCAACAAAUCAAACAGGGUGGCAUCAGAAAAGAGACGAGGUUCGAUGAGUGGGGACACUCCCGGGUGUUACACGAGUCUGUGUGUCUGGCUCAGGACACACUGACGGACUAUGGCUAUGCGGAGGAGAUGGAGGAGCUGCUUGAGGGGACCAGAUGGCAGCGCCUGCUUCAGAUGAGGGCAGAGUCUAGCCUACCACUGACCAUCGAGUUCUUAUGCACGAUAUCUACUGUCCCGGAGAUUGAGUCACGACAGAUGACUCAUACCUUGAUCACUGCUGAUACUACAUUUGCCUUCACUCUUGCGGGCCAGUCAUUCUUGUUGACAGUGAGAGAGAUGGCCGUUCGUCUCGAGCUCUACACCCAGGAAGAGACCAAGCAACGUGAGUUCUACGACAAUCCCUUUUGUCUUCCCGCAGAUUUUGACGCGGGGAAUGCACCCAUCCCACGGCAUGUGCAGUUGAUGAGGGAUUUAGAUGUCGGCAUGCUCCGGAAUGCUCACAUCCACAGGAGACUCUUUCCUAGCUCUUAUGAGAGCACUACGGCCUCUACUGGCUGCACUUCACAUGAGAUUGGAGAGUCCUCCGGUCAGUCAGAGAGAUCGUCUCAGCGCCUUCCUCGUCGACGACCCACCAGAGCACAGUUGGCUCGUGUUCAGAUGGAGGUAGCACCGGCAUGGGCCCAGCAGCUCUUGCACAACCAGAACACACUUAUGCAGUCCGUUGCGGCACUCUAGUAGCAGGUGCAUGGUUUAGAUAGGAUACCCAAAAAUUCUACUCUGAAACACUUUUUUUGCCGCGAGGGCGUGGUUCCGUUCAAGUGUGAGGAGGGUGUGAAUUAUUGGUUGAAAUAUUCCGGGUUAGAAUUGUUUGUUUUGCAUAUUUGUGGGUAAAGAUUUUAUAAGUAUGGUCAUCAACUCUUUUGUUUAAAUAAUUAAAUUUUUAGUUAUCACCCAUAAAAACUGGGAAUUUUU